UCUCAUUCUAUAAGUAAUCUAGAAAGUAUUUAAUCAUCUGUAAAAAAAAAUGGCACAGGCGAUGUUGAAGCCAUCUCUACAAGGAGAGAUUGAGGCAAACGUUGAGAUCAAAGCUCCGGCCACGAAGUUCUAUCACAUGUUCGCAGUGAGACCACAAGACUUGUCAAAAGCCAGCCUUGAGAACCUCCAGGGAUGUCGUGUGCAAGAAGGAGAGAUGGGCAGAGUUGGCACUCUCCUCACCUGGAACUAUGUCCAGGAUGGCAAGCCAAAGGUGGCCGAAGAGAGGGUAGAGGCAGUGGAACCGAAGAACAAUAUGAUAAAGUUUAGAGUACUAGAGGGAGAUCUGAUGAAAGAGUUCAAGAGCUUCCUAUGCACGAUCCAGGUGACCCCGAAGCAAGGAGGAGCUGGAGGUGUGGUGAAAUGGCGCUUCGAAUACGAGAGGAUUGACGAAAACAUUGCUCCCCCAGAGUCUCUGCUUCAAGUGUGUGUCAAAACGGCCAAAGAAAUUGACGAAAUGCUUUUGUCUAAUGAGUAGACUCAUUUAGUGUCUAUAUACGUAUCUGUCUUUAUGUAUUUGGGUUUUUUUAUCUCAAUAAUGUACUCUCUCUAGAUCUAAAGAGAUGUGAUAUGAAAGUACUACCAG